UGGAGAACGAGAAUAGGAAUGAGAAUCGGGGGGAAGAAGCCCGACGAUGACGACAACUGCCUGAGGAUAAAGCCCCAUAACGUACCAAGGAAAAUAAAUAGAGUACGUGUGUAUUUAUAUGCUGCGCCCAGAUGCUUCCUUAAGAGCGACCCUGCAGAUCAUCACUUCAUCCAUCCUCUGCACAGAAAGUCUUCAGAGAUAAGACCACAACACAAUCUCUCUCUCUCUCUCUCAGACAUGACAUCAAUGGGUGGAGAAGACCAGAGCUUUGGCGAUCUGGGUUUGGAGUUUCUCGACGGUCGUCCGAGGAACGAGGGGUGGAGGAUCACGGAAGUUGGUGGUGGUGAUAAUGUCUGCGGCGAUUCGGAAUCGAGAGAGACGUCUAUGGAAGAUCAAGGGUCGAGAGACUCUCAAGAAUCCUCGUCGUCGUCGUCGUCGCUGUCAUCUUCGUCCGAUCUCCUGGAGGAUGCUUCUUCUUCUUCGCCUUCGGUUUCCAAGUCGACCCUCUAUUCGUUUCCUUCGUCUUCCUCGUCGUCGUCGUCUCUUGCGGGCCAGCACGGACCUCUGUACGAGUUAUCGGACCUCAUGGCUCAGCUUCCUAUAAAGAGAGGGCUCUCGAGGUAUUAUGACGGGAAGUCGCAGUCGUUCACGUCGUUGGCGAGCUGCGAGAGCCUGCAGGAUCUGGUGAAGAAGGAGAGACCCUGCAUAAAGAGAUUGAAGCUGUGCAAGAGCUAUGGAGGAGGCCUGGACAGUUCCGGCAAGUCGUUCAGUCCCAAGGCGAUCAUAUCGAAGAAGGGUUCGUCAUCAAGAUCUGCCUUCUCAUCGUCGUCUUCUUCUUCUUCUUCUGCUGCUUCACAUCUAGGGAAGAGGUUUACUUCACUCGGCAAUAGACCGCCCGUUCCGAUACUCAAGACCUUUUGAGUUUUGCUCGAUAUGCAUAAGCACUUAGUCUUCGAUACAUCUUCCAUUCCAUGGUUAAUUUGUUUUCUGUUUUUUAUUUUUUAUUUUUUUGGCUUUUUUGGCAUUUUUGCUUUGUAUGACUUGGGAAGAGUUUAGGGUAAAUGAUCAAGGAGCCGGUAAUUUUGGAGGAGUACCUGAUGCGGUUUUUUC